CACGCCUGUCUUUCCCAGUAUGUGGGUGUCAGGAAGUCGCACACUGAAGGAGAGAGGGUGAUCUACAGUGAAGCGGAACAAUGAAGAUAUCACUGUGUGUAAUACUGACUAAUACUUCACUAUCGACACAGAGGAUGACCAUGCUUCACAAAGUCUGAUGUCCUGCACUGAAUCAGUAUGGGUGAAGUACAGAAUCCAGCACCAACCCAGGUGAUCCCAACUGCCCCUCUUGAAGAAUUUGUGAAUGGAGGACACACUGUGUUGUAUCCAGAUCCCAAUACCCUCAGACAACCUGACUCUUACACAGAUCCUCAUACAAGACAAGCUGCGUUAUACCCCGAUCUUGAUAGCCUAGGGAAGACCCAGAGACCUCUUGCAAACAACCAGUUUGACCCUCAACACAUUGCUCUGGAUCCGUCCCUCAAUCUUGUCAGUGCGGCAUCACAUCUGCUGGAAUUCCUGCAGCGAGUCGACAGACACCCCGAGCUGUUUCACGGACCGAUCAUCGACAACGCCAUCCAGCGAUAUGAGAAGUAUUGGCUUCCUUUGGCCGCCAAGUUCCCCGGCCACUGUCUGACAGCCCCACUGGACAUCGACUGGGUGUGGUGCUGCCACCUGCUGUGUCCAACAGAGUACCGCAAGGACUGUGUGGCUCUGGUGGGAACAGUGGUCGACCAUAGGAUCGUGUCGCAGAAAGAACGCGAACAGCUUCUUCUGGAGAGCGGAGGUUUGUGGAGUAACGAAUUCCCUGCCAUUCCUUUCAUCAUCGACAAGACUCUAGAUGUAUCGCCCGAUCCUCACUUCAAGUCUCGGUUCUCCUAUGAUAUUGCUUCAGCCGUCGCCAGACAGAAGUUGUUUUUCUAUCAAGUGUCGUUGCCUCAUUACAGGGAUGACCAGUUCCUCGAGAGCUGUGUGUUGCGGUACAAGAAGUUUCUCCACCUCAAGCUGAGCUGUCCGAAACAGUUCCUAGUUCCGUGCUACGACAUGGAUCUCAUCUGGCACACCCAUCAACUUCAUCCACUCAUUUAUUACCAGGACACAACCAAACUGUUUGGACAUCUGUUUCCUCAUGACGACACGGUAACCGAUCGGACUCGUGGUUCAAGACUCUAUACGGCUACAAACAGAACAAAGGUUGUUUGGAAGAGAACAUUUAACGAGCGGUACUCGGCGUUUGGAUGCAUGUACCGGGGAGAAGGUUCUCGAGACAGACUGUAUCAGGUCACAAAGAAAAACAUCCUCCAGUUCGGGACAAAAAAGACAUCGGUCAUGCUGAGGUCCUUAAAAAUGUCUGGACUUCCUUCGGAAGUGAGACACUUCAAACUGAGGGUUUGGUACAAGACGGGUUAUCAGAACUUCGGCCGAGCUCUGUCAGUGGACGACACCAUUAUCAAGCUGUGUGGUAAUCGGAAGAAGUUUUGUGCGGAGCAGAAGGUUAUGUGUGAGUUUGACUUCAACACCAAAUAUAACGACAGAAUGUACUGUCAUCUGUCUGGGAAGUAUGGGGCAUUCUGCUUCAGUGCUAUGGAGAAGCUGGGUCAGGGCUGCUGCAAGCUGAAUGAGAUUAUAGAAAAUCUAGAUGGUGGGGAUGACGCCGAUGUUUCAACUACUGUCAUUGUGGAGUUUGGUGAUGACAUGAUGGCUCACUGUUGUCUCUCGGUGACUCCUCCCCGGGCGGGGGUGUGUAUUUUCCGACUGGAACUCGGGCACUUCGAGGACUGUGUGAUGCCUGAGCACGUGGAACAGAUGUGGGGGCCGAUAACUCUGCGUAAACUUCCUGCUGGGGUAGACAACUCCUGCUCCACGGCAUCUCACAAACUUCUGAACCACAUGAAAGCAGUGACCUUCACCUGUCGUAUCAUCCACUCUCUGCCGCUCCUCAUGUCGGCCGUGCAGGUCUUCUACCACGACAAGAUGGCCGUCCUCGCUCAUCUCAUCGGACCAGAGCAGCUGCCUCUUCCCACACAGGUUGGGAAUCCGAAAGCGUGUGUAACGUUUACCCCGAAGAAGGGUGAGAGGGCGAUACUGAUCAAGAACCACGGCGGAGACUGGGGGGUGCUACUCGGUAGGUGGACGGGGGUCAGGCGGCCCGUCCGCAGAGUCAAAGCGACCAGUAUCCGAAAGGGUCGCCGUGGCGUUCCUGGCUGUGCGGGCUACCUCGAAGUGAGCUUCUACAAGAUGAGGACUCAUGCAUGGGAGAAGGUCACCUUGGAGCAGGCGUACGCGUCGUCCAUGUUCAGCUUCAACAUCGACGACGCCAAGGUGGAGCUCGACCACGGACUCAUCGAGAUCAAGGAGGGGUCGGUUGACGUGGCCGAAAACAUCGCUGUGGCAUUCAGUGUCGCUCUGCUGCAUGUCCUGUGUCAGCCUCACCCGAAGGGCUGGAAGCCAGGGGAGCCCGACAACCUGGAGACUAACAGAAACAUGAGAGGUGUAGCUGCCGAGAAUCUCGCUCUGGUGGUCGCUUGUGGAUUCAUGAUCGCCACGCCAUGCAACUUCUACCUGAGGUCGGUUUUGUCCGGUCGUGGUCAUGAUAGUGGUACAAAGGACACCGAAGGAAGACCAGGUCUUGGAGGGAUUGGGAGUGAUUUGCAUGGGGAUGGAGGGACGAAAGGCUGGUGGGGAGGACGAGAGGGGGAGGAGGAUCACCAGGGUGUCAAUAAUCAUGCUGCUGAACUUGAAGCUGCGGCUGUGACUGGCGGGUUUGGGUUUGGUGUUGGUGAAGAUGAUGAUGGCCACAUCCUGACUUCCAGGUCAGAGCAGGAGGAAGAGAAGGCAAACGAGUCUGAAGACAAAGAUGGUGAUCUGACCUAUGAAGAGGAAGAUGUGCAUGACCACGAUGACCAGGAUGUCAGUUUGUCCCAAGACCAGCUUGACUUGGAUGAUUCUGUCAUACACCACGAUGGCUUCAGUCAUGAGGAACACAGUGUGGAUGAACAAGAUACAGAAGAUGCUCAGGAGAAUCAUACUGAAGAACAUACGUAUGGAGAUGCUGACAAUAUUUCUGAAGCCAGUAGUGUUAACAACGAGGACAUUGUUCAUCAGUCAGAUAAUGAGUUUAAUGAUCAUGAUCUUGAUGAUGGAAUAGAGUAUGAGAAUAGCUUGGAUCAUCAGGAUGAUGGAAAUGAAUCUGAUGCUGGAUUUGGCCUCCAUGAUGAUGAUGAUAAUCAUGAACAUGAUUCUGAUAUUCCUGAACACGAUGGCAAUGAUUCGGAUGGGGUUUUUGGAUACCAAGACCAGGAAGGUGGACUAGAUCAUGAAAAUGAAUUCGAUAAUGAAUUAGAAGAUAGCUUUGUCCAUGGUGAAACUGAUUUAGAUGCUGGCUUUGGUUAUACACAGGAUGAUGACAACAACGCUGGCCUCUUUGGAAAUGAUGGCGAUGAGGAAGGAUUUGGCUAUGGAAAUGAUGACCUGAAUGAUGGUUUUGGAUUUGAAACUGAAGAUGUAAAUUUUGGUUAUGAAGCUGAUGAUAAUGCUGUGGGUUUUGGCUAUGAUUUGGAUGAUGGUGGCUUUGGAUUUGAGAAUGAUGCCUAUGAAACGUCUGCGGUGUUUGGAGGUGCUGGCAAUGACAAUGAGGGAGGUGCCUUCGAUGUUGGUGAUGUUGGAGGGUUUUGUGAUGGUGGAGGUGGCAAUGAUGAUGCUGGGGGAGUGUUCAGUGAUGAUGUAGGUGGAGGAGCGUUUACUUCUUCAGGGGAUGGGGGAGGGGAUGGGGGAGGUGGUGUCUUUAGUUUUGCAGCAGACCAAGGGGAUGGGGGUGGUGACGGAGGAAUAAAGGCAACUGAUGGAACAGCCAAGGUGAAACGCCCUCAAUCUCCAUUUAUAGAAACUAUGGCAAAAACUCGAGCUGAGAUUCAGCAUGCAUAUAGAGAACGCAAAAAGGCAAACGAGGGAGAGAAAUACCUGAAGAGAGAAAGAAGAAAGGUCCAUUAUAUUCCAUCAAGCCAAAUUAGUGAAAAAGAGCGAAAGAAAUAUGAAGCAAUCCGAGACCACAUCACAAGAGUAAAGAUACAGUAUGAAGCAAUCCAAACAUUAAGAGACCACAUCACAAGAGUAAAGAUACAGUAUGAAGCAAUCCAAACAUUUAGAGACCACAUCACAAGAGUAAAGAUACAGUAUGAAGCAAUCCAAACAUUAAGAGACCACAUCACAAGAGUAAAGAUACAGUAUGAAGCAAUCCGAGACCACAUCACAAGAGUAAAGAUACAGUAUGAAGCAAUCCAAACAUUAAGAGACCACAUCACAAGAGUAAAGAUACAGUAUGAAGCAAUCCAAACAUUUAGAGACCACAUCACAAGAGUAAAGAUACAGUAUGAAGCAAUCCAAACAUUUAGAGACCACAUCACAAGAGUAAAGAUACAGUAUGAAGCAAUCCGAGACCACAUCACAAGAGUAAAGAUACAGUAUGAAGCAAUCCGAGACCACAUCACAAGAGUAAAGAUACAGUAUGAAGCAAUCCGAGACCACAUCACAAGAGUAAAGAUACAGUAUGAAGCAAUCCAAACGUUUAGAGACCACAUCACAAGAGUAAAGAUACAGUAUGAAGCAAUCCGAGACCACAUCACAAGAGUAAAGAUACAGUAUGAAGCAAUCCAAACAUUAAGAGACCACAUCACAAGAGUAAAGAUACAGUAUGAAGCAAUCCGAGACCACAUCACAAGAGUAAAGAUACAGUAUGAAGCAAUCCGAACAUUAAGAGACCCCAUCACAAGAGUAAAGAUACAGUAUGAAGCAAUCCGAACAUUAAGAGACCCCAUCACAAGAGUAAAGAUACAGUAUGAAGCAAUCCAAACAUUAAGAGACCACAUCACAAGAGUAAAGAUACAGUAUGAAGCAAUCCAAACAUUAAGAGACCACAUCACAAGAGUAAAGAUACAGUAUGAAGCAAUCCGAGACCACAUCACAAGAGUAAAGAUACAGUAUGAAGCAAUCCAAACAUUUAGAGACCACAUCACAAGAGUAAAGAUACAGUAUGAAGCAAUCCGAGACCACAUCACAAGAGUAAAGAUACAGUAUGAAGCAAUCCGAGACCACAUCACAAGAGUAAAGAUACAGUAUGAAGCAAUCCGAGACCACAUCACAAGAGUAAAGAUACAGUAUGAAGCAAUCCAAACAUUAAGAGACCACAUCACAAGAGUAAAGAUACAGUAUGAAGCAAUCCAUAAAUUAAGAGACCACAUCACAAGAGUAAAGAUACAGUAUGAAGCAAUCCAAACAUUUAGAGACCACAUCACAAGAGUAAAGAUACAGUAUGAAGCAAUCCGAGACCACAUCACAAGAGUAAAGAUACAGUAUGAAGCAAUCCAUAAAUUAAGAGACCACAUCACAAGAGUAAAGAUACAGUAUGAAGCAAUCCAAACAUUAAGAGACCACAUCACAAGAGUAAAGAUACAGUAUGAAGCAAUCCGAGACCACAUCACAAGAGUAAAGAUACAGUAUGAAGCAAUCCAAACAUUAAGAGACCACAUCACAAGAGUAAAGAUACAGUAUGAAGCAAUCCAAACAUUAAGAGACCACAUCACAAGAGUAAAGAUACAGUUUGAAGCAAUCCGAACAUUAAAAAAAAUCUCCCGCAGCACCACAUCAUACUACAAAUGGAUUUUGCAGAAAAUUACAGUUGCAACACCAUGGAAGAGAUCCAAAGUGCAUAUUUUAAUAAGACAGGUGUUACAAUUCAUCCAGUUGCCUGCUAUUAUCGUGGAAAUGAUGGGUCUUUGGAACAUAAGAGUUUUGUCGCCAUUUCAGAUGUUCUGA